AAAUAACAAGCAAUAUUUAAUUUUAAAAGUUUUGAUGAAUAAUGAGAGUUAUGGCAUCUUUGUAGAUCACGUUGGGAGUGUACUUAUUUAAAUUCAGCCUCAGAUUAUGUGUUAAACCAAUAUGUUAAGGUACUGGUAAUAUUAAUAAAUGCAGAUACAUAAUUGCUCUCCGUGAACUGGAGUGUUGUGGGGAAAUUCAUAAUUAUCAACAUUGAGAAUAGUUUACUGCAGCAAACUAUGACGUCAAAGCAAGUGGCUUUUGUUGUAUGUGCUACACAUUUAAUCCAACAGUAUGUGAUAAACAGAUAACUAAUUGGAAAUUGGCUAAUUUGAUACAAAGAUGAAAAGUAUAUAUAAUACAUCUUGCCAGUGCUGUCCAAGUAAAUUUGUGUGAAAGACCAAUCUGUGUGUCGUUAACUGCCCUCCAGUGGAUGGUAUCGCGGCAUAAAUCAGCAACUUGACAUUUAAAGAAGAAUUCCAUGAAACUUAUUGCUGCUGGGCACCAUGGGCAUUUGCCACUGCUGCGCGUCCCGGCCACCGGACCAUUUAGCGUUACAGAGUUCAGACAGUGAGGUAAUGCUAGGGCCAAUGAAGAUGAAACAGAAGUGCAUGUCUAUCCUCCUUGUGUUUGCCCAGGAGGACUACCAGAGCGAUGGGUUCUGGUGGGCGGCUGAGAAGGGGGGCUAUAAGUGUAACAUCAGCCGUGACCCGGAAAGUGCGCUAGAGACCUACCAGGCAAAGAACCACGAUGUUGUCAUCAUCGACCACAGAAGCAACAAAUCGUUUGAUGCUGAAGCUCUGUGCAGAUCAAUACGAGCCACCAAAGCCAGUGAACAUACAGUCAUAGUCGCAGUCACCAAAAAACACAUCCAUACAGAUAAAGAGGAGCCCUCCAUAUUACCUCUGCUGAAAGCCGGGUUCAGCCGGCGAUUCUUGGAGAGCUCCAACGUGGGCACAUGUCUGAAUGAGCUUCUGGUUUUGGAACACUCGGAUGUGGUCACACGCCAGAAACUGUGCACAUGCAGUGCGCUCUUCUCUGCCCUUGACUCCGUGAACGACUGUGUGGAGAUCUCAAACCAGGACCACGAGAUACAGUAUGUGAACCCAGCCUAUGAACGUCUAACGGGAUACACAAUGGAGGAAGUGUUGGGGAAGGACACCCGCGAAUUGCGAAGUGACCGCAAUAAGCAGGAGAUUUCAGAUAGUAUAAAUGGACAAAUGAAAAAGGGCAAGAAAUGGGAAGGGACCUACUAUACUCGGAGGAAAAGUGGGGACGUGUUACCACAACAUUGUAGGAUGUGUCCAGUAAUGGGAGUUGGAGGGAAGCCAUCUCACUACGUGAGCAUACGCAGCCCCCACAUGGAGUCCUCUCACUACUUUGACAAGUUGAAGGACCCAGACUACCUGUCACAAAUAGCAAACGGUGGAAUUCACAGCAUUGCGAGGCGAAAAGAAUCGUUUGCAAGAAUUCACUCCAUGACAAUUGAGGCACCAAUAACAAAAGUUAUAAACAUAAUUAACACUGCACAAGAGAGUAGCCCAAUAACCGUAGUUCAAGCUUUAGAUAAAGUAUUAGAGAUACUUCGAACUAGCGAGCUUUAUUCACCCUACUUUGCCCAAGAAAUGAAGGGAGACGACCCAAUGACCAGCGACUAUCUCGGAGGACUGAUAUCACAAGAUGCAGCUCGCAGUAUGAAGGAGGUUGACCAUCCAUUGAGAGCUGCAGCCCACGUGCCGACCAGCCACAUAGCACACCACCACAUCUCCAGCCAGCUGAUCCCAGACAACAUUAACAACCUGUUGGUUAAAGAGGACUCCUGGGACUUUGACAUAAUCGAGCUGGAGCGUGUCACAAACAAACGACCGCUAGUAUACGUAGCAUUAAGGACAAUGGCCCGAUUUGAUGUCUGCUCGUUCCUGAGUAUCUCGGAGACGUGCAUGGCCAACUGGCUGCAGCUGAUAGAGGCCAGCUACCAAUGCACUAACAGCUACCACAACUCUACCCAUGCUGCGGACGUCCUCAACAGCACUGCUUACUUCCUUCAACGAGAAAAAAUCAAGGCUAUAUUUGACCCUAUAGACGAGGUAGCAGCACUGAUUGCAGCCGCAGUGCACGAUGUGGACCAUCCAGGGAAGAGCAAUGCAUUCCUUAUCAACUCCCACAGUGACCUCUCUGUACUGUAUAAUGACAUAGCUGUCUUAGAAAAUCAUCAUGCUGCCCUCACCUUCAAACUGACUGCUAGAGACCAGUCUGUGAACAUCUUUAAGAAUUUAGACAGGGAUACGUUCCGUCUCCUACGACAGAGCAUCAUUGACAUGGUGCUGGCUACAGAGAUGAUGAAGCAUUUUGAGCACCUGAACAAGUUCGUCAACAGCGUCGUGAAACUGACCCAGAAGGCAGAGGAGACUUCCUCAUUGAGUGGUACGGGUUCACCGGACAGUGCAAUGAUCCUGAACCAGCUGUCAACAACGGAGAACAAGACGCUGAUCAAGAGGAUGCUGAUCAAGUGUGCGGACGUGUCCAAUCCGUGUCGGCCACUCAACCUGUGCAUCGAGUGGGCUCGCAGGAUAGCAGAGGAGUACUGCCAACAGACAGAUGAGGAGAAGCGCCUCGGUCUGCCUGUUGUGAUGCCAGUGUUUGACAGGAAGACGUGCAGCCUGCCCAAGUCACAGACCAGCUUCAUUGACUUUUUCAUCAAGGACAUGUUUGAAAACUGGGAUUACUUCUGUGAUAUUCCUGUUCUUAAAGGACAUCUAGAAACAAACUAUGAUUUCUGGAAACUUGAGGAAGAGUCUCCCACACAUGACUAUGACCUUUCAGUAAAGGUCGCUCAAAAAACCGCAGAGCAUGAGAACGUUCAAAGAAAGUCUAGUGACAGUACAGGAAAAUCUUCAACAGAAGACAAAGCCACUAAUUCGAUCAACAGCACAUGAGGGAUACUUGCCCAGUGAAUACUAGUUUUAGUGAAAUGAAAGUCACAUGAUGUGUCACGUGACGCUAUACUGUGGUCAUGUGAUCUCUAUUUUUUGCUUGUCCUCCCAAGUAUGCUCUGAAAAGUCGGCCAUUUUGUGAGGGUGUCUUCUUCAGUAGGUACUGACUCUGGUAACCAUGGUAACCAGUGAGUGAGGAGUUCAGGAAAGUGGGUCAUGUGGGCUUUGGUUUUCUGACUGCUGCUAAGGGCGUCAUAAGUCUCAGGGUGAUAAUGAAAACAAAGAAAGGAUAAUAUAUAAGAUUUUUUGUUAAGAAACUAAUUUGUUUUGUUAUGUGAGUAAUAACUGUUGACUAUUCCAAACAAUUUCAAUGAGUAUGUGUAGAUAUUAAAGUUGUUAUGGAACAAACUUUGUAGCGAGGUUUCUUGUUGUUUCUCAGGCGCAUGAUGUAAUGAAUGCGGAUUGGGACUGUUACUUGUUGUUUCGUCAAUGAAAAUGAAUCCUCUAUUUAGCGAGGAACAAGUUGAAAAUGUGUUUAAACAUUAAAGAAAACAGUUGUGCUGAAAUGUACAGUUGUUGUUAUGAGUAAACUGCUGUUUUUAUUACAUGUAAAAUACUAUAACAAUGUUAUGAUGUAUAAAAGUAUUUAUGUUUGUUGACUACAGGAACUUUAGGAUGUUUUGUUUUUAUAAUCCUGUACAUAGUUAUAUUUGUUGUGAAAAGCAAUCAGUCCAAAUCAGUUAAAAUGUCUCCUGUUGAUGUAGUUGUAUCAUAUUUGUAUUGUUUUGCUAUCGAUGCCAGUUAAUCAUGUGACAUGAGUGCAGCGGUUUGCAUUUAUACUGGGUGAGGGGGAUGUUGCAGGUACUACAUCGGCAUUUACAUUUUGCACAGAAAGCUGUUAUUCUAAAGUGGAAUCACAUACUAUUUCGAUAAGUUGCCAGCUGAUUUCUUAUGUCCAGCAAAAUACCCAUGUAUUGAAGUGUUCACCAUUAUCAGAAUGUUGGUAUUUCAAGUUUAAUAUGUAUAUAUAUUGUAACUGGAGAAUUAAGUGAUAGUGUUAUCAUGCACAAAACAAAAGUUUCUGUGGAUAUUUUUUAUUUAUUUCAAUAUUCCUGUUAUAUUAUUUAUGUUAAUAUGAGUGUUCAUAAUUGGCAAAUUAUCACUUUUAUAGUUAAAUGGCAUUAUUGCUUGACUUCUGGUAUCGUAGUUUCUUCAAAGAUUUCAUCAUGUUUUUAAUAAUGGUAAAAUCAACUUCUGUAUUGCCUAGCGUGUCAAUGAUUUUUUACCUGACUAAAUGUAAGGUUAAUUUUUGUGAGGUGAAAAACAAUCAUAACGAGAAUCACUUAACAUGUGGCAAGUGUUUUUCUACAAAGUUCCUGGAUGUAUUACAUCUACGCACAUCUAAAAGAUGGUAAACGCAGUUAACAUUCAUAUUGGAGACCCUUCUUUGAGAAUGUAAAUACCCAACAAUGACUUGUAUUGGUGAAACCAAGCUU